AUGUGGGUGAGAAUCCAGGCAGAGAGAGAAGGUAGUUCUGUUACCAGAAUUUUUAUUAAGGUGGGGGGGGGUGUUUCCAGUUAAACGGGGCACUGCAGCCCCAGACCAUCCCCCAAACCAACACAAUUCAAUUUUGUAAAUACUUCCUGCUUCUUCCAUGUGGUGGGUGGAAGUCCUGUUGCAACUGUCUUUUGAAUAAAGAUCAGACCUACCGGCUGCUAUGUUGCUCCUAUAUUCCUGGCUGGUGUCUUUGUUUGGCAAUCCAAGUGAGCCCAAGGAUUUUACUAUAACAGUUCCAUAAUCCAAUGAAGCCCACAAAUACUAACAUUUAAUAUAACAUCCAAACCACUAGAACCAAUAAAACACAAUGACCAAACGAUGGACCACUAGCCAGCCAACUCCUGGGCAAACAGGUGAGUUUUAGGAGGUGCCAGAAACUGGACCAGAGUCAUGUCCUGCCUUAUUUCCUUCAUUUCUCCAAAGGGGUGCAAAGUUGGGAGGAUUUGGGGGAACUCUAAGGGGAGCCUAGAUGCAGCUGCCUAAGCCUCCUGCUUGAGUGUAAAUGCAGGGGUGGGUCAGGGGCUUGGCAGCCGCCUGAAGUUGCCAAGUGGUGACAUGGGCCUGGCAGAGAGAGCAUGCCUGGAGCCCGGAGCCCACUGGGUCCAGUCCUUGGCCAGGCUCUGACCUCACAACCGGCUGUGGAAUGUUUUGUUUCCAGGGAGGCCAUUUGAAUUGUUUGAAAUGAUCCUUGUGUCAGUUGGAAGCCCUGUCAGUUGGAUCAGUUGAAAAGCCUUCAGAUUGGUUGACUUUGUGGACAUCUUCAGAGAAACCUCUUUCUCCUUUGAAUAACUGUCUUCAUCUGAUCCAAUGACUUUGGAAACCUCUUCUUUGAAUAACUGUCUUCAUUUGAUCCUUUGACAUGGGAACUAUCUUGCUCCUUUGGAGAAAUUUAUUUGGCUUAGUUGUUGGUCCAGUGUGGUAUUGGUUGCACAGAAGGUAAAGUCACGGGCUAGAGCGGAGGCAUGCCCAGGUUUUAAAGAUGCUUCUGGAUUAUUUGAGCUUUCUAAAUCCCAUGCUGGGUGUUACAUGAGCCAACAAUUUUACCAGGGAGUUUUCCAAAGAAUUUCCUGUUUCCUUUUUUGUCACCAUCCAAAUUGCAGCAGAAUUACCAUCUCCCCCGUCCCAAAUAUUCAGGAGAAUGCUCCCCACCUCCAUUUUCACCAACCACAAAUAGGAUGGGGAAUUAUGGGAGAUUAUUUUUCACUCAGCCCUAAAAUACACACCCUACUUCGGUGGCGCUCAUAACUGCAUCCUUGGGUGCUCUCUUCUUUGGGUGCAUUUCCAGCAGCAGGAUCAGGCCCAAAAGGCCCAGCCAGAGCUGCAGCCUGUUCUCAGGGAGGGCCACAAGCAGCAAGGCAUGAGCGCAAGAGCAGUGCUCCUCAGGAAUGGGAUAACUUAGAGUCAUCUACUGCCUUUGGCAGUGCAGGGUGGUGGUGGUGGGGCAGUUGCUGCCUGUCAGCCUAACCGACCUCACAGCGUUGUUGUGAGGAUUAAAUGAGGAGGAAAUCCACGUACACCCCCUUAAACUCCUUGGAGGAAAAGGUGGGAUUUAAAUGAUAUAAAUAAAUGAGACACAUUGCCUCCAUUGCUGAGGAACUGGCACUUAAAAAAAAACCACAUAAUUUUAAAGCAGGCCAUUCCCCUGCCCCUCCCCCACUCCCAUUGCCCUUCUCACCCUCCCCUCCCAUCUCUCUUCCCUAUUCUCCCAGGUUCUCUGUCAGAGCCAAUGAAGAAGCUGCAAGAACAAGGGCCCCUCAUUGAGGAGAUCGAGGACCUCCUACUUUCCCAGGUAAUGAUCCCACAGCAGAGCAGGGAGGCUGGCAGUGACUGGGAGGGGGCUGCCUGUGGGGCUCUGGUUGAGUUGGGCCUUUGAUUUCCUGAUGCUCAUCAGACAUGUUUCUUCUUCCCUGCCCGCUCCCUUCCUUCCUUCCCCCAUAGUUUGGUGUGGGUGCAAGCAAAGAGGUCCAGGAGGCUGUCAUCAAAUUCUGCAUGCAGCAGUCCAAGGCCCUGAAGUUCCUCCAGACCAAGCAGUGCAAGGAUGUUUACUUCCGGGGCAUCAUUCAGGUAUCCUGUGUGUGAAGAGGAGACUUUGCUCAAGGAAAGGGCCUUUUCCAUUGCUAGCUUGGCACUGUCCGGGGGGGCGGUGUUUUCCAUUCAGGGAAAGGGGUAAGAAGCCUGCCUUCUUCUCCCUGCUGCUCACUCCUUGGGCAAAUGCAAGAGUGCAGGAGAACCAACCAGAUGAUCUAGUGGUAAAAUAUUGUUGUAUGCACCCCAAUCUCCAAGUGGUACGAGAUUCCAGGAACUUUCCCAGGGUUUGGUUUCUUUGGAAUGAGAGACAGCUUCCUGUUCUCACAGUGGCCGCCCAACUGCCCCAAAGGAGAAGCCCAUAAGCAAGUAGGAGCUGAGCAGCAACAUGCUUCCCUCUUGUUUGGUUGCUUGUGAUCCUGGAGGUAGCUAACUCUCUCUAAUCUCCAGAGACAGGUUUUCUGCCUGCUUCCUUCUCUGCCUCUCCCAGGAAAUCGAGAGCUGCCCUCAAUGUCACCGGCGCCAGCUGAAGGAUUUCCUCGAAUCUGAGAUGCAGUGCCUGACCAGCUACCCUCUGCUGCUGGAUAAUAUCCUCAAGCACACUGAUGGUCUCUGUCUCUCCACAUAUGUGUGUGUUGGGUGCGGUGGGGAUAGGGUUGCCAUGUGUCCGGGAAAACCCAGACAUGUUCUCUUUUGGGGGGCCAACAUGCCCAUCUGGGCAGAUUUUUACACUUUAAGGAAAUGUCUGGAUUUUUUGGGCUUGGGCUGCUUUGUAUGCCACGGCAGCUGCCAGCCCGAGUCGGGGAAAGAGGUAUGAGGUGCAGCAGCCCUGUGUGCCUCUUUUGCUGGCUUAGGUUGGCAGCAGCUCAAGCUGUCCUCUAUUUUGCUCUCCAAGAUAUGGCAACCCUAGGUGGGGAGGGUGUCCCAGAAUACCUGCGUCUCUCAAUGAUUAAAUGUUGAUGUGCUUCCUAAAUUUUGGAGGUUGUAAGAUGCAUUGAGCCUGCCUUACUAGGGAAAGACGGAACACAAAGGGAUGAUGGUGAGGAAGGUUGGGGGAGUGUUUAUACAACCCCCCUCUGCUUGCAUUAGUCAGGCUGAGACUGUAGGGUGUGAGUGUUGUUCGGCUGCCCACUUUCCUAUCAGCAAACCAGGAUGCUUUUGCCUUCUGCAUCUGGGCUGCUGCUGCUCAUCUGCCUUUCAGAUUUGUUUGCUUUGCUCCUAGUUUGUUCUGUGAUCACCUUGUGAGUCUCAAACUAAUAAAACAAAGCCAACUUUGCCAGCAGCCUGUCAGCCCCGCUGUCUCUCUCACCCUGUCUCUCUGUGCCUCCUUCGCUCAGGGUUGACUUGGGUGCACCAGCACAACCAGAGCAAGGAAAUCCUCCAGAGCGUGAAGAACAGGCUGAGGCAGGCGGAGAACCAACAUCAACUAGGCACCUACCAGAAUUGGCUGGAUGCCAGGUCUCUGCAGAACAGCAGCCACCUGCUGGCCGUGGAAUUCCAGGUAAGGCCUCCCCUCCGCCCUUUGCCCUUCUCUCAAGUGACUGACCUUAGCCUGCUCUUCCCUCUUUGAAAUGAUGCCUUUUCCUGUCCCUGCUGUGCAGAACCUUGAUGUGAAGGACCAUCAACUGAUCCAUGAGGGGCCUCUGAAGUUGUGCAUCAGCAAGUUGAAGACUAUGGGUACGUGAUUGGAAGAAACAACCUCUCCUCCGAAACACAAACACUCACACACACACACACACACACACACAGAGAGAGAGAGAGAGAGAGAGAGAGAACAGACCUCUUAUAGUGGAGGGAUGUGUGUGCUUCCUCUCUGGUUGGCUUUUUAUAUCUCCCUUUUCUACUGACAUGAAUCAAUGUGGGCUGUGGGUCUCUUGAGUCUAAAAGACCUGGAGAGCCACUGUUGCCAACCAGAGGAGACAAGGCUGAGCUAGACAGACCAAGCAAAGGGACCUCAGGUAUAUUUAAAAAAGAUUAAAAGAACCAAGCAGUUUUAGAACAUGAUCCCUAAAACAAGUAGAACCUCAGCAGUUGAAACGCACAUGGAGUACAUGGGUGCAAGGGCCUGAUUUGGUCCGGCAUCCUUUGUCCCUCUGACCUGUGGGGCCUUUGGUCUGAUUCUGCAGCCUGACACCCUGAUAUUCUCCUUGGGGUAAGUGGAGCAGGUGAGCAACAACCCCCCUCUGUGUGUGUGUGUCUCUUAGGACCUUCACAUCCUGCUUCUCAAAGACCUGGUCAUGUUCCUGAAGCGAAAGGGGCAGUGGCUGCGGCUUAAAUUGCUCGGGAAGGAGAGCUCCCCCUUAAGUCCCGUUGUUCCUCUCAAGACCCUCCUUGUCCACCCCGUGGCCAACAGUAAGAAGGGGGGCCAUAACACCAUGGUUCCUUGCUGCCCCCUUGCCUGGGAAAGGGUGCCUGGUUGAUGGGAGGGGUGGUUGGGUGAUGAUUGACCUCCCUGCGGUUCCCUGACUGCAGUAGAGUUUAAGCAGCUCUGCAAUGGGUAUUUAGACUCGGAAAACAGGGCCAAGGUGGGCAUCUGCUCCUCACUCAUUGGGGUUGUUUGGCUCACAGCGAAGAGAGUUGGCUUGGGCCAUCUCUACCACCCAUGGAGCUCAUGGGCACUGAAAGAGGCAAGACUAGGAAACGUCCUGGACAGCAGCUCCCUGUCUGCAAAAAGCCUGGUGGCACCUCAAAGGCCGAUUCUUUUUAUACAGAGGGUUCCCUGUCUCAACAGAGGUGGAGUGGCCAAGCAUGCAGACCAUCAUGGACCUCAUGGGGCAGAUCUCAAGGAAUAUCAAGAGGCUGAAGGUGAGAGGAGUCUUUUGGGGGGAAGGUGUGAGAGGGUGUCCUGGCAGGCCAAAUAAAUAAGGGUGGGUAUUCCAGUCCCACUUCCUCCUCUGAAAGCUCUCAGCCCCAAGAAGUUUCCCAUGUGGGCAUGUGGCCCUUGGGGUGGAAUAGAACCCCUUGCCACUCAAAAGCGUCUGGUUUAGAACCAGGGAGCCUUCUUAGCUGGGUGAAGGGGAUGGUCACCCCCCCUGCGGCAGCUGCCCUCCUUCUUAGAGUCCCUAACUCCCCCUCCCCCUGGCUACCCCUUUUGCAGGAGAUAGAAAAGGAGUGGUGGCAGCGUUACACGGGAGAGUCCGUCACAACCUCUCCCCAGUCAUUUGAGAUCAGCAACGCCCUGUGAAUUGCUGCAGAAGAGGAAUAUCCAGCAGUGGUGGAGCAUUCCCUGCCUGUGCCUGGGGUGGGUGCACCAUGGGGGCAAGGCCGUGGGGACGGGGUGUGCUGCCAGAGCGACCCGUGCCCAUUGCUGCAAAGCUGGGCACACUCACGGUGCCCCACAAGCCCAGCAUCACUUUGUGAGCAGGCCCGCAAGUGCAAGUGCUGCUUUUGCAAGCUACUUAGGACAACUUUGUAUAUGUCUCUAGGAUACUUGUUUUAGCUUUACAGUCAUACCUCGGGAUGAAUAAGCUUCGGGUUAGGCAUUUUCCAGUUGCACUCCACGGCGACCCAGAAGUAACAGAGCGCAUUACUUCUGGGUUUCACCGCAUGUGCAUGCACAGAAGCACCGAAACGUGACCCGCAGACACAGGUUAUGUUCGCUUCGGGAUGCGAACGGGGCUUCGGAAUGGAUCUCGUUCGCAUCCCGAGGUACCACUGUAUUUUGAAAUCAAAAGGUUUUAUUCAAAAUUUGCAGUGUUUUGCAUUCAAAAAAGAGAGUUUAUAGGCCUUAAUUAGUAACAUUAUGUGUUACUAGUAACAUUAUUAGUUAUGUGUUAUUGGUUUGUUACUUUUUUUGUUCUUUUCAUGUAUUUUGUGCUUUUUUUAAAAAAAAAUGUAUUCGUACAUUUCCCAGAUUUUUUGUAUAUACACCGUACAUUUUCCAUUAUAGGUCACUUCUCUUAGGACUUCCCAGUCCAUCACUCUAUGGCAUUCUACCUGACAUAUCAUGCUUAAUGGAGCUGUAGGGAAGGAGGGUAAAAAUGGUCUUGUGGGCAGAAAUAAGCAGACGCUUCAUCAGGCCUGUGGGCCUAAAAUAAGCCCAUCUAUAUUUUGUAAUCAGAACCCCAUCUAUAUUUUGUUAGUGAUCAACAAAUUGGUGGGCAAUGGACAAUAACUGACCAAACAUCAAACUGUGGAUAACAAUUCUCUGUGAAAUCAUUUCCAGUGAAACAAAAAAGUAUCUCCUGUGUUGUAGCAACCUGAGCCUGGUUAAGGGUUUAUAAUUCAGUUCGCCUUUGGCUUUCAGCUAUUUUUUCAGGUAAGGUCUUGGUCCAAAAGUUAACUGCUUGCUCCUUCAGCUUCUUUGCUGGCUUCUGCUUUAAGCCUAUUUCCAAGUAUUGUUCAGCCGCAUCGUACUGGGGCCAGUUCACCAGGCCAGCACCGUUCGGGUUCCUAGAAAACAUAAAAAGAGGCCAUCAGCUUCCCACAGGACCUGUUUUCCCAAAUAUGCUCACUCUUGUGGGUGAUGGUGGGACAAUUUGGGGUCAUUUCACUGGAAGUAGGAACCUGACCACCUUGCAAGGCACACAAGCCAACUAAACAGGCUCCUGCUCUUCCCACUACACCCUCCUGCCUAUAUUGCUGCGCAAAUCUAUGUUUUAUGGCGCUGAUUGUGGGUCAGGGGUUUUGCUUCACUGACACAUCCUUAAGCCUAUAGAACAUAUAUCUCACCACCCUGGUCACUCACCCCCCCAAACCUCCAGCCGGCCAAUGUCUUUAAAAUGUAGCGCCCAGAGCUGGACACUAGACUACAGGUGCUGCCUGGCUAAUGCAGGAUAGACUGACUCUAUAUGGUUUUCAACAAUCUGAACAUGAUUCUGUCAAUGAAGCCUAAGAUUGCAUUAGCUUUCAAAGCAGUUGCAUCUCACUAUUGGCUUAUGUUCAUCCUGUGAUCUUCUAAGACAGGGGUGGCCAGCCCUCAUGUGCAAACACUCUUGUUGGAGUCCCUGGACUCUAAGCUUCCAAUCUUUUUUUUCUUUUCUUUAGUUGGUCUCUGACCUUCCUAGAAAGAAAGUUAUCAACCAAAAUGUGCAGCCACCCUUUUAAGUAAUUUUUAUCUGAAAUGAGCUAGCAUGACAUCUUCAAUCUGCCAAGUGAAGUCAGACCUCUGAUUGAUAAAUGAGAUGUCUGACCACCAUGCAGUAAGGAUCCCCAGGGUCCUAAACAGCUGCUAAUGUCCACUUGCCUUUAGUGUGCUUUCUUCACUUAUGUAUUUUUAGUGGUCCUUGAAAUCUCCGUAGUUUAUAUUUCCUUUUCCUCCAGCAACUGGGAUGCAUUUUUUCUGUGGUCAGCCCUCCCUAGAAGUUAUUUUAUUGCAAAUACUACACAGUAAGUGUGUGUGAAUGUUAAAUAAUUCCUCACCCAGAAUGGCAAAUUCAAAUGGUGAAAAUUUUUCAAAGAGGCCGAGGUAUGUCUCCUGUUUUGCAGGAGCCGGAAGCCAGGCCCUCAUUAAGAAUUUGCUGUAUUUUCACUUACAGUACAAGGGUUUAUACAUCUCCUUCAAAGUAAGUGUUUAAUGGAGCUUACUCCCAGGUAAAUGGGCAUCUGAUGGCAGCCUAGACUUUAGUGUAGGAUUGACACUGGAGAAAAAAACAGGGUUAUUCUGCCUUUAACAGCUGUAUCUCCACAAUGAGGGCUAGCAGGAUAUAGCUGGCUUCACAUGCUAAGCAAUAGAUUGUCCUGGAGGAGUGUAUGUGUGAGAGAGAGUAAAGGAGCCAUGACUGUGGUCUAAUUUUGUGUUAUGCCAUUUGUGUUAUGCCACACCUUCAUGGCAGCCAUUUUGUGACUUGUGCCCAUAACAUUCUCUCAAAAUUCAAAAUACACCCACUGGUUCAAAAUGGCCUAUAUUACAGUAACACAACAUCAGCAUUCUAUUCUAUUCUAUUCUAUUCUAUUCUAUUCUAUUCUAUUCUAUUCUAUUCUAUUACUCACCCACUGCGAGCAAAAUUAGCCCAAUAUUUCAUAACCGUUUUGCUCAGUCUUUUCUCUUCCUCUGUUGCAUCACCUGCAGACAAGAGACAAAAAUACAGAUGUAAGCCAUUUUUAAAGAUUAUGGGAUAGUUUUCAACUUUUACUCAGGGUAAAUUAAUAAUUGCAGUGGGUCUACUCUUAGUAAAGCUUCACUGAAUUUCACCCAUUGGAUACAACCAUGGUGUUCCGCUGCCCCAGAAGCGGUAUAGUCAUGCUGACCACAUGACCCAGAAAGCUGUGGACCAAUGCCGGCUCCCUUGGCCUGAAAGUGAGAUGAGCGCCACACCCCAUAAUCACCUUUGACUGGACUUAACCAUCCAGGGGUCCUUUACCUUUUUUACCUUUUCUAUGUAUACCAAAUACAAAAAUGCAAUACAAUAAUAAUAUCACAAUAAUAAAAAUCACAACAAAGGAGCGAUAUAAAAUAUUGUUAUCGGACUGGGUGGCUGGUGGUCUGGAGGAUUACUUGCUCUCUGUGAAACCAAAGAUGAGGCUUUGGAGAUCUUCUUGGAAACCUAAUGGGGAAGCAGAGUGUUAAUGCUAUGAGCCCUUCCUCCUUAUGCUCUGCCUGUAUACAGAAAUAAUUCAGUUUCUCUUGCGUAACAAUAAUAGCUUCAUAACACACAGAGUGGCUCUUUAUGGGGGGGGGAACAACAGAAAAAAUGAGUUAUAUAAAAUUCCUAUACAUUGCUACAGGUCACCUAGCCCUUAAUACACUAGUGGCCAAAAUUGUGGAAACCUUUUGGGAAAAGUGUAUUUCCAAAGUUUGAUGGCUCAUAACACCUGAUUGGCUCUCUAAACACUCAUGCUCAUUGGCUACAUUCAAAUUAAGGAAAGCUACUGCAUAUUAACCUAAGCAAGUUGUGCUUCCUUUUUCUGGUUAUUUGGCUAUAAAUUUUGAUAGAGUACAGAUAACUGAACAAACUUUGCUGCAUUCUUCAUUAUCUUUCCAUUGAUAUAUAAUUUUAUGGUAUUACUCAAAAAAAGUGGUGUUAUGAGCCAUCAAACCUCAGAAAUACACUUUUUCCAAAAAGUUUCCAUAAUUCUGGCCAAUAGUGUAGGUCACUUUCGUUCUGCUUGAUUGCAGCUGGAGUCACAAGAUACUCACUAAGGAGUCCUAUAGAUUAGGGAGACAUGCUUCAAAAGAGCUUCACUGCCUGGUGCAAAUGGAUCUCCUGCAGCUUUCGUCCAUAACUUCACUCCUCUUGCCAUUUAGGCUCAGUGAGAGUCACUCAUGCAAUCAAUGCUGGGAUGCCAGGACCAGAAGCGAGAGGGGUGGGAAGUGUUGGAUUGGCAACAGUGGCUCAUACCUUCACAACCUUAAAAUCUGACUGCUGUUAACAAAUUGCAUGUGGAUCUGCCUUGGACAACAAUUUAAGAGUCUUCAAAAUGCAGCCACCUACAGCCCCUCUGUGACCACCAGCAAUCCUGAGGUUUAAACAUCCUGUUUAGAUGUGAUUACAUGGCCAUCGUUUGCAGAUGAAACCAAAAUAUCAUUAAUUGCUAAAAAUAAAAUGUAAAAAGUUUUAGAGAGCAGAAGCACCUCACCUGCUAAGAAAGGCUUCCCCAAGACAAAGCAAAUUUCAUCACCAUGGUCUGCUUUAACAUAGUCCGGUUUAAAGCCCAAGGAUGAACUUGGACGGUGCUGAAAUUCAUACACAUAGGCUGGGUAGCCAGCAUCUGGAAAAAACCAAAGAUGUUGUUAGAAGGGGGCAUUCUCUGGCACAUUACCCAAAAUAAACAUAAAGCAACAUGCUGAGUGAGUAGCUGGUGGAAGAAAACAGGAGGAAACCUUAAAUUUAUUUAUUUAUUUACAAAAACAUUUUCAUUUAGGUCCAGAAUGGUCUGCUGUGGGGGAGAAGUUCUGGAUUCAGUCUGUGAGCCAGUUCUAAUUGCCCACUCUUGAUUUUGGAACUGGAACCGGAAGUCAUUUUCAGAGAGUUGAUGACAGUUUGAAGGGGGAUCACUGCUUGUGGGGCAGGUGUUCACUUCACUUUAUCUCUCGGAAGAAAGAGGCUUUGAAGAGUUUUUAAUUGUUUCCAAAACCAGAGGGACUCACCCAUACUCUUGACUUCUUUCCAUGUGGAGGUUCCAGGGGAUAUUCUCUCAACUAGCAUAGCCACUAUUUCCCAGACUUCAAACUGAAAACCAGAGUUCCUGGUAGAAAGUAAUCUCCAUCCCCCUACCCCAACCAAAUGCUUGCAUGGCCAUUCUGAGAGAGCCACAGGCAGUUAAUGCUGAAGGCCAGCAGCUCAGCGGUGGAAGCAAAUAAAUCCUUCACACACCAACAAACCUGGGCUCAGCAUCUGCAGCUGUCAUGAGUGGAGACAUCUUGGGUGGAGGGGGGAAUCAAUUCAAGAGGAAGGUGCUCCACAUUUUUGCAAUUUUUGUGUGAAGUCCUCAUGAAAACCCACAAGCAUUUUAGUGCAAGUUUCUCCUAACAACAAAUUUUUGCAAGCAAUUUUCCCUAACACAAUGCAUUUUUAUGUGUAGUUUUCACUAAUAUACAGAUUUUUUUUCUUCAAACUUUCCCCAGAUGCACACACUAUUUGGUGGGGAAAUUGCAUCACAAAAUUGGGAGAAAUACUAAUUUUGAAGGCUAGCUAUGUUUCACUUUUGUUUCAGAAAGUGUGAAUUGGUGAGGUUCAUGUUAAAAUCCCAAUGAAACCCAAUUUAUGCCUCAUUCCUAGUGAGCAGCUAGCUCACUUCUACUGGCCCAGUCAAGACCACCUGUGAUGCAGCAACUCUGACAGCAAACUGACCUCUGUGGAGUUUCGCUGUUAGGAUGGCUGGAGCAACAAAUACCACAUCUCCUAGCAGCUCGAGGAGUUUGUCCCUGAGCUGUACAGGGUCGCUAACAUCCUUCAGAUAUUCAUUGGCAACUAUAGGAACGUGCUCCGGAGCGACACCCUGCAAUGGGCAGAUAAAGGCAGGAAGAGUUAUUGAACAGUAGCUUCCCCCAUGAUCAAGGACAAGGGCAACAUUGAACCACAUUAUUCCCUUCUGCUGGGAACCCUGUAAUUUCCCUUCCCUGCCAUCCCCUUGAUGAAGAUGCUGAAAAGAGUUCUUUAGACGGCCAGAAAGCUGCCAGUGGAUAUCAAGCAUCUCCAAAAAAGCCCCUCCUUGCCACCCCAAGCAACAAUUCACUUGGGGAAGUACAGCUAAUGACAUUAGAGAGUCAAUCAGUCUGAGAAAGCCCCUUACCAAGAUUUGCUCUGAGCUGCGCAGCACAAGAGUGACCGUCUCUCUGUCAAGCCCCUUGGUGGCAUCCGGCAACUGCAGCAUCUAGAGGAGAAGAAGCAGAGCUCCUAGUUCUAGAUGUGAGCACUAGGGGGCUCCAGAAAGGUGCAUGAAAAUACACACACAAUGUCUUACACUAGGAAUAAUCCAUCCUGCUUCAUGGUUAUUGACGCCAAUGAUGAAUGGAACAUUAUUAAUUCUUUUCUCUUCAAGGAGGUCCUUGGGGUGUUUUGGAAGAAAUAAACCAUCAACACUUGCAAUGUAGAACACAGUGUGCUGGAGGGAGGGGAGAAUAACAAAAAAAUCAGUUAUUUGCUUUUGCUUCGGUCUUCAGGGCUGGAACUUUCAUUUAUGCCUAACAUAAAUAUGUCCAAUGUUCUGCUCUUCCUCUUGCUCUUAAAGGCAUGGCAUUCUUGUGGUGAAGCCUGUUUGUGGCCCACUUACUGGUCAAAGGGUCAAUGCCAUGAAGAGUACAUGAGAAAAGGGAUGCUGGUACUUAACACCAACAAGAUUACAGGACAUCUUAUAAAAUGGGGCUGGGGAGUCUUUUCCAGCUUGAGGGCCACAUAGCCAUAUAGACAGCCUUCUGAGAGCCAAUGCCAAUAGUAGGUGGGAGCAGAUGCAGAAGGGGGAAGAGCAAUGGACACGACUCUUAUCUUUACACAGAAGGGGGGGUGGCAUCCAGCCACAUAAAAGUGUGCAUCCGGAUUCCAUUUAUGGAUCCUGAGGUGCAGAGAACUCUUGCCUGCAGUUUGAAAGAGAAGCAGGCUUAGAGCUGCCCUCAGGCGGCUGCUGUUGGUGCCUGUUCUCAUGGUAAGUGUUCUUCACUUCCUUCCCUCCCCUCAGGCCAUCCUCAUUCCGUUGAUUUACUCACUUCUUCUUCUGCGCCAAGAUGCAUUGUGGUGAAAUCCUGCAAUUACAGGAAGGGGGAAGGGGAGAGGACUGGCGUUUAAAGGUCUGCAGACAUAAAUCACUGAGAAAUUGUCUUACACAUAGGAAAACAAUAGGAGCUGUGCACAGGGCAGAAGAGGGCAAAGCCCCAGGAGCGGACGCUACCUUGGAAGGAAGCGAAUUAAACAACCAGUGGGACAUUUGCAGGAGCAGCUUCUCUUCUGCUGGACAGGCUCCAAGGUGUGAGGAGCUUCACUCACGCAGGGCAUUCUACUCUCUCCCUGCUCCCUUACCUGUAGUGCUUCCCACCUCCCAACUGGUAACAUUUCAUGGCCACUAAGCAUACUCAAUUCUCAUGCCGUGAUGGAACAGGGAUAGGAGGACUAAAAAUGAUUGUGCCAUUAUCAUCAUCAUCAUCAUCAUCAUCAUCAUCAUCAUCAUCAUCUCUACAUCUAGUUCCACUCUGAGAUUCCUUAACCUCUAUCAAUACUUUUAUCUCCCCAUCUAGGCAGAGGGCAGCAUCAGAUUGCAGCACAUUUACCAUCUUGAGAGUCGUCUGUAGGAUCUCGUUCUCCGUCUUUCCCUUGAGGCAACGAAUCAUCUCGACUGAGCUGGAUGUCGGACAAUCAGCAGUCGCAGCAAUUUUCUGCAACCAUGAGAAAGAAACCAGUCCUGGCUGAGCGUCAGAAGGAACAGGCUGUUCUGCUCCAUCAGGAGAAGCACAAAUAUUUUUAAUACUUGUGUGGACACAGCGAGGUGUAAACAAAAGGAGCAGAGGAGGGCAGAGGAGAAUGCUUCAACGCCAUGGAACUAAGUGUGCAACACACAGGGAGGCCCCAACAUCCUGAGACAGGUGUAAGAACCCUGAGACAGUUGCAUGUCACCCUAAGAAACAGGCCACUUCAUGUUUUGGUUUUCUUGUUUUAAAAAGUGCAACACAGCUCCUUGGACUACACACAUGCUCAGCUCUAGCUGCCCUCCCUUGCCAAUUCCGUCUGUUUUCAAACACUGACCUUUGCAAACUUUUGUGGAUCAACCUUUGUGAGAGCCUCCAUGACAGAAACGCCACUUUCAGAGAUAGCUUUGUGGAACAAACCUUUUGACAGAGGAGAUACGACCUGAGAAGGGAAGCAGGGAAAACAGACAUCCCAGUCAGGGCCUUGCCAUAUCACUCCUAUUUCCAAAAGGGUGGCAAUGUCCAAGCAUUCCUCCUGAGGGGUGCUGGACUUCCUCAGGGUCUCAUCAGCGAGAAGAUCUGUAAUACCGCCUUCACCCUGGGUCUCAUCCCUCCAAAGUGCAGGCACAGGUGAGAGUGGCAGAACUAUGGCACACCCUCUGUUAAGGGGAGCAACAGUGGGCCCCAACACACUGGGCCAGAGCCCUGCAUUAACUAUGUGAGUGGUCUGCAAUCCACUCCGAUAUUCUGAAGGUCUGCCAAAAGGAAGUUUGAAAACCAGCGCAUUAGCUACUUUGACCCUUAAUGUGGAUGAUUAGCAAUUCUGACACACUUCAAACCUGUCUAGGUUCAAUUGUUACCCACUAAAGCAGGGAGGGGUGGUCUCCCCCAGAGAGACAGCCUUCUUGGCAUGUGACACCAUUUGUUGCCCUUUGAAUGUUACCCCAAACAGCAGACCCUCCAAGUGUCCCUAUUUUCCAGGGACGUCCCUGAUUUAGAGAAGUCGUCCCGGUUUCUGAUCCCAGAAUGUCCCUCUUUUCCUUAGGCUGUCCCUAUGUUCAUUGGAGAAAUGUUGGAGGAUAUGGAGUUAUUUGACUCCUGAGCCAUCUGAAGGCAAUCCUGUAUAGGGAAGGUUUUUUUUUUUUAAUGUUUAAUGUUUUAUUAUGUUUUUAUACAUGUUGGAAGCUGCCCAGAGUGGUCGGGGCAACCCAGGAAGAUGUGUGGGGUAUAAAUAGUAAGAUUAUCUUUAUGGAAUGGGACAUCCCUAUUUUCACUGGAGAAAUAUUGGAGGGUAUGAAACAGCUGUCACCAGCUUGCCUCAUAAGCAGGGCCAGGCUUUGAACCCCACCCCACAUUUCACUAUUAGUCAUGGCAGUUCAGAGCCUGGGGGCAGGGCUGUUUAGAGAACCACUGACCGUUAGAAGGUUAAAUAUGCUUUUUUUCAAUUUCUAUCUGAGUAAUAGAAAUAAACUAUAAAUUUAUUCUCAAAUUAAACUGCUUCAGAGUGAC